AUGGCUUACUCUCAGCUGGGAUACUCUUACUCCACUUCACCACAGUUUUUGAUGACCACGAGCCCUCUAGCUGGCUGUCUGGAGCCGGGAUCCCCUCAGUCCCACCCGGCUCUGCGCUCGCCGGGCCACCAGCUCACCUCUGGCAGCAGCAUCGGUGUUUGCAACCCUUACCCAAAGCGUCAAGCGUAUUAUAACACCUGUACCGGCGACCCCACCUCACUGUAUUCCAGAGGAACAUUGCAACCUAAAAGUGUAGCUGCUUCUGUACACAUGGGGACACCUCAGACGCCUGGUUACUAUCCUUAUGAAUAUACAUUUGGACAUUAUUCUUAUGACAGAUAUGGUUAUUCCUCCUCGGAAGGAGCUUCACGGCGUAAAAACGCUACCCGGGAAACAACUGGCACCCUGAAGGCCUGGCUGCAAGAGCACCAGAAGAAUCCUUACCCCACUAAAGGAGAGAAAAUCAUGCUGGCAAUCAUUACCAGGAUGACCCUCACACAAGUGUCUACAUGGUUUGCCAAUGCCCGCAGGAGGCUGAAGAAGGAGAACAAGGUGACAUGGUCGCCACGAGCUUGUAAAAGCUCAGAUGACAGAGGUCGUGAUGAAGACAGUGACGACGCAGAAAAGUCACUUAAAGGUGAUAAAGACCACCAAGAUCAACAGUCUGCUGACCUGCAGAGUGAUCUUGAAGACUUCGACCUUUUGGAGUCUGAUGCGUCCGACUGUGAACCAAAGCCGCAGUUCAUACCCGAGGACAGUGAAGUCAAUUCAAACAAUCCACAUGGUCACCUUGCGUACAACUCCGAGCCGCUGCACAGCUCUGAGAGAUUGUCACCAGACUUCUCUAAAGUCACAACGGUUCAAGACCAGACCACCACCUUCUAUUCAAUGCCAGAUGCACACGAUACAGACAUCAAACCCAAAAUCUGGUCCAUUGCUCACACUGCUGUAUCUCUGGAUCCCAGCUUGGAACCAGAAUAUCCACCAUGUAUGCUGUUGACCAACUCAUCCUCUCCUGGCUUUCCAUCAAACAUGGCACUACCCAAAGCAGACAGGCGGCAGGAAUCACCAGUGGACACACUUAGAGAGUGGGUGGACGGCGUUUUCCAUGGUGUGCCAUUCCACCAGUCAAAGGCAUCUGAUGCCUGGAAAGGUUUGAAUGACACAGCCAUGAGCAACAGAACAUCAGGACAAUCUUUUGAACUUGUAAGAUCAACGACAUCUUUGUAG